AGGAGGGCCAAUUAUUUUAUUGUUUAACCCACUCAAGGUAGAAGCCCAUCAAUCUGAAAGCCCUUGUUCAAAUGACUCGUGUUCAGCCUUUAUAAAAGUUUAAUUGGUUUAUGUAAUUAACACUGACAUAUGUGUGAUGCAUCUUAGAAAGAAAAAUUACUUGGCUGGAUGUUAACCGUGUGCCUGAAGUGACAGGAUUGAAGCAAGUUAUCUGAUUACAAAAUUGAGUUCACAGCACAAACACAAGAACUAAUUGGUUUGCUAUAUAUUUUUUAUGUUUAUAUAAUUACAUCUAUUUGUUUUUAAUUAUCUUUUUUAAAUCCUCUGUAUGAGCAGGUGUUUUAGGUCGCUACCUAGGCACCUUUGGGUGCAGCAAGUUGGUCUCUGUGCGAAGAAGCGUCACCUGACACCGAGGGGGCGUGCCGAGCAGCUGCUCUUGUCCUCGGAUCUGUGUCACCUUCACUGAUACCUGUCCCACUUGCACCUCUCGGCGAUGACAGUAAAGCCAAAGAACAGUGCAGUCUAAGAUGAGUCAGUUUCGGGUAUUAGCUGGUGUGCUGAAAGGUGGAGGGAGCCCCUUGCUUCGAUUGCGUGCGGGAGGGCUGACCUGGCGUUGCUGGGCUCAUCCAAAGAGAGGCUGCUCCUCUAGGACUGAUCCUCUUCCAGCAGUGGUCAGCAACUCCAGCUAUGUGGAGGAGAUGUAUUUGGCAUGGCUGGAUGACCAUAAAAACGUCCACAAGUCUUGGGACAGUUUCUUCCGUAACAUCCAGGCCUCCGGUCCGUCUGGCGAGGCGGGUGAGAGACGGCCCUCUGCUCUGCUGCAGGGCCGAGUGUUGUCCCACUCACUAGACGUGGCAGAGAAAGUGGUGGAGGACCACCUGGCUGUGCACACCCUCAUUAGAGCUUACCAGAUCCGUGGUCACCAUGUUGCUCAGUUAGACCCUUUAGGAAUCCUGGAUGCUGACCUCGACUCUUUCGUUCCGUCCGACCUGAUCACCACUAUCGAUAAAUUAGGUUUAUAUGGUCUUAAUGAGUCUGACUUGGAUAGAAGCUUCCAGCUGCCCCACACCACCUUCAUCGGUGGACAAGAGACUACCCUUCCACUUAGAGAAAUCAUACGCAGACUAGAGGCAUCCUACUGCGGUCACAUAGGGGUUGAAUUUAUGUUCAUUAAUAAUGUGAACCAGUGUCAGUGGAUUCGUCAGAAGUUCGAGACUCCGGGAAUCAUGCAGUUCACUAAUGCUGAGAAGAGAACCCUGCUAGCGCGCCUGAUCAGAUCCACACGGUUUGAGGACUUCCUGGCGAGAAAGUGGUCAUCGGAGAAACGUUUUGGUCUGGAAGGCUGCGAAGUUCUCAUUCCUGCUCUUAAAACCAUCAUUGACAAGUCAAGCGCAUCAGGGAUUGACAGCGUGAUCAUGGGGAUGCCACAUCGGGGUCGACUGAACGUCUUGGCUAAUGUGAUCCGUAAGGACCUGGAUCAGAUCUUUUGUCAGUUUGACCCCAAAUUAGAGGCUGCUGAUGAGGGUUCGGGUGAUGUCAAAUACCACCUGGGGAUGUACCACGAGAGGAUUAACCGUGAGACUGACAAGAACAUCACGCUGUCACUCGUGGCAAACCCCUCGCACCUCGAGGCAGUGGAUCCAGUGGUUCAGGGAAAGACCAAAGCAGAGCAGUUCUACAGAGGAGACACUCAAGGAAAGAAGGUGAUGUCUAUUUUGAUGCACGGCGAUGCUGCUUUUGCGGGACAAGGAGUUGUUUAUGAGACCUUCCACUUGAGUGAACUCCCCUCUUAUACCACAAAUGGUACAAUCCAUGUGGUGGUCAACAACCAGAUUGGCUUCACUACAGAUCCUCGAGUGGCCCGCUCAUCUCCUUACCCCACUGACGUGGCUCGGGUUGUCAAUGCGCCCAUCUUCCAUGUGAAUGCAGACGAUCCCGAGGCUGUCAUGUAUGUGUGCCGCGUAGCUGCAGAGUGGAGGGCCACAUUCAACAAGGAUGUCGUCAUUGACCUGGUUUGUUACAGACGUUUUGGCCAUAAUGAAAUGGAUGAGCCCAUGUUCACCCAGCCGCUGAUGUACAAACAGAUCCAUCGGCAGGAGCAUGUGCUGAAAAAGUACUCUGAAAAACUCAUUGCUGAGGGAGUGGUGACACUGCAGGAAUUUGAGGAAGAAGUUGCCAAAUAUGACAAAAUAUGUGAGGAGGCAUACACCAGCUCUAAAGAUGAAAAGAUCUUACACAUUCGGCACUGGCUGGACUCCCCUUGGCCAGAUUUUUUCACAGCGCAGGGAGAGCCCAAGAGCAUGAGCUGCCUCCCUACAGGACUGGACGAGGAGGUUCUGCAGCACAUUGGGCAGAUAGCCAGCUCAGUGCCGCUGGAAGAUUUUAAGAUCCACCCUGGUGUGUCCCGUAUCCUGCGUGGUCGAGCUGACCUGGUGAAGAGUCGUCAGAUGGACUGGGCUCUAGGAGAGUACAUAGCCUUUGGCUCCCUUCUGAAAGAUGGCAUACAUGUACGACUGAGCGGGCAAGAUGUUGAACGAGGAACCUUUAGUCACCGUCAUCAUGUUCUACAUGACCAAGAGGUUGACAAACGUAUCUGUGUUCCCAUGAACCACCUGUGGGAGAACCAGGCAUCUUACACUGUCUGCAACAGCUCCUUAUCAGAGUAUGGAGUUCUAGGUUUUGAGCUUGGCUUUGCCAUGGCUAGCCCAAAUGCUUUGAUCCUCUGGGAGGCCCAGUUUGGAGACUUUCACAAUACAGCCCAGUGUAUCAUUGACCAGUUUAUUAGCUCAGGACAGGCCAAGUGGGUUCGCAACAAUGGCAUUGUCCUACUGCUGCCACAUGGAAUGGAAGGAAUGGGUCCAGAGCAUUCGUCAGCUCGGCCUGAACGCUUCCUGCAAAUGACCAAAGAUGAUCCAGAUCACAUCCCUGAAUUCACUGGAGACUUUGAAGUCCACCAGCUGUAUGACUGUAACUGGAUUGUGGUCAACUGCUCCACUCCUGCUAACUACUGUCACGUGCUCAGGCGACAGAUUCUGCUGCCAUUCAGAAAACCGCUGAUCAUUUUCACUCCUAAAUCUCUGCUGAGGCAUCCGGAUGCAAGGUCAGGUUUUGAUGACCUUGCCAAAGGCACUAAAUUUAAGAGACUGAUUCCUGAUGAGGGCCCUGCAGGUCAAAGCCCAGGCCAAGUGAAGAGGGUUAUCUUCUGCACAGGCAAAGUCUACUAUGAACUAGCUAAGGAGAGGAAGCAGCAAAAUUUGUACAGAGAUGUUGCCAUAAUCAGGCUUGAACAGAUCUCUCCUUUCCCGUUUGACCUGGUCAGUGAAGAGGUGGAGAAAUACACCAACGCUGAGCUCGUCUGGUGUCAGGAGGAGCACAAGAACAUGGGUUACUAUGAUUAUGUCCGACCACGCUUCCUCACAGUGGUUGCCAACAAGAAACCCAUUUGGUAUGUGGGACGAGAUCCUGCAGCUGCACCGGCGACAGGAAACAAAUCUACUCACCUCAAUGAGCUGAGGAAGUUUAUGGACACUGCUUUCAACAUGAGCUCCUUCCAAGACUGAAACUUGUAAAGGAGAUUUGAAAGAAGG